GGAAUUAAAUUCACACUACGAAAAAUGUAUUUAUUUAUAUUUUUAAUUACACAUUGUCUUUAGUUCAGCAUUAUUUGUGUAUAGGCAACCGAAUCGAACUAUUGUUUGACGUUUCUUCUAAAAAAUUACCAAUAGAAGAUCGAAAAAGAUGGCAACAAAUGCACCCCGAAUAAACGAAAAAAAAUUAUCUGAUGAUGAAUAUAGUGCGCUGUGUGAAAUAAAGUAUCUUCGUUCAACCCUGUCAUUUCUUCAGAAGCGCGUAAGGAGAAAAGCGCGAGUCCAGUACCCGUACUAUCUAAUGUACGAUGAGAUAAUUGGAAAGUUACCGAAAUACGCGGAAAACUCCUCUGAAUUUCCGGUACAUCUCCAGUUUGAGGGAAUUUGGGACGAUCCUGAAGACACACACGACCGACAGACGUUGCAUCCCAUUCAGUAUUACAAGAAGAAAAUUCGCGCCCUCGAAGAACAGUACAUUUCAAAGCUAGAUGAACUUAUGGACAAUCAAGGACAGCUUGCCAACGAGGUGAAGAAAGCUUUGCGUAUUGAGAGAGCAAAAGAGAACAGCUUUCUCAAAAAAGUUGAUUUUGAUGACUUCUGGCUGGACAAACUUUCCCAGAAGAAUAAAACUUCCGGGUAUCUUGAUGAUCUUGAUUAACCUUCGGUUACGCUUCCUAAUCAAUUGCCAAAUCGAUCUUUCCUGAUAUGUAUUACAGUCAUGCUCUAUUUUUAAAUAUCAAUAUUACACACUAGUCAUAAGUCAUAAUUAUAUUUAUUUUAUUUAUAUUUAUUUAUUUAAAUAGCCAAUAAAAAGUAUUACUAAACAACUUA